AUGUUGCACUUCGAUAACUCAAAGCCCGCAUUGAAUAGAAACGAGUCCAAGUCCUCAUCUAAAGAUGAUAGUGAAGCUAGCACAAGUUCAUCAGUUAAGGACAACAGUGCCUCUGUAUGCACUCAUUCGGCAUCGGGACAGAAUAAAUCACCCUUGACGGAGAUUCUCGCCACUGCUAAGGUACUCGCUAGUGGACAUAACGGCAAGGACAAGGUUUUGAGGUGUCUGCUGGAUCCAGGAUCUCAGAAACAUUACGUUACCUUGAAGUGUUGCAAGAGUUUGGGUCUUCAUGUACUCAGCAGCCCUGUAACUUCAAUAAAUGGAUUAGGUGGAACAGCAAUAACGCAACCCAUUCGAGGAACUGUCAACUUAACCUUUAGGUCAAGAUAUGAUCCUAAUCGUCAAUAUACUAUCGAAGCGCUUGUUUUAGACGAGAUCACGCCUGAUUUACCUACCUGUCAUAUUGAUCAAUCUACAACUGAUCUGUUUGAUAAUUUACAUCUUGCAGAUGACUCCUGGGCGAUUCCAGGUGAAAUUGACGUACUUCUUGGUGUCAAGUUAUUCACCAAAUUUUUAAUGUCAGAGAAGAUUGAAAACAAACCUGGUUUUCCUGACGCCUUGGAAACUACACUGGGGUACAUCAUAUUAGGCGAUGCUCCCGCAGUAAACACUUCCUACUCAGCAGCAGGAUAUUUUACUUCAGUUGAUGUGGGAAAUCUAAUGCAAAAAUUCUGGGAAAUUGAAGAUUUAGAUGGAGGAGUGAUUUAUAAUGCUGACGAGAAAAAGGCUGAAGAUAUAUUCAACAAUACAGUCAAGCGUUUAGAAGACGGACGUUACGAAGUAGCACUCCCAUUUAAAUUGGAACCAAGCAAUUUAGGCGAUUCUUACAAGACUGCUGAACGCCGGUUUUUAGCACUUGAAAGAAAAUUCCGCGCAGUACCAGAAUUAAAACCCGCUUACGAUGAAGUUAUUCGUGAACACAUUGAUAAAAAAUAUUUAUCUGAAGUUCCAAAUGAUAAGUCUAAUGCUGCUUAUCAUAUACCCCACCACGCAAUUGUCAAAAAUGACAGAACUACUACAAAGGUUCGAGUGGUGCUGGACGCUAGUGCACAGACCACUAGCGGUUUAUCAUUAAAUGACAUUCUUCACGCAGGACCAAGUCUUCAAGCUGACUUGUUUUGCAUUCUACUAAACCUAAGAUUGUUUGCUAUAGCUAUUACGUCUGAUGUACGUCAAAUGUAUCUGUGUAUUGACGUACGGGGGAGGAUCGUCCUUAUCAGCGUAUACUUUAUAGGUUUAAUCCUGAAGAAACUAUAA